UCAAUGGAGCAAGGAAGUAUAGUAGUAUUACUAGUGCCCUAUGAGCUAAACUACUAACUUCCAACUGAUCUGAAAGCCUCAAUAAAAGCAGAUUACAAGUCAAUUUAAGUUGAAGGAGACUCUAAAUUACUAGUCGAUUUCAUUAAUGGACCGUCAAUGAUGCUGGCGGAUACUAAUUUAGUGUAAAUAAGCGAAAGAACAAAAGCCCACAUUUGCGAUUUUGCUCCAACCUCUGUGUCAUCGGAUAAUCCCUUAUGGCGAGUGGUAGUGACGAAAAUGGCGAUCAACAACUGAAAUUGUAUUCCUACUACAUGAGCUCUUGUGCUUACCGUGUCCGAAUUGCCCUCAACCUCAAAGGGCUCAAAUACGAGUACAAAGCUGUAAACUUGUUGAAGGGAGAACAGUUUAGUCCUGAGUUUAGAAAGCUGAAUCCUAUCUGCUGUGUGCCGGUGCUUGUGGAUGGGGACAUAGCUGUUUCCGAUUCAUUUGCCAUAUUAUUGUAUUUGGAAGAAAAGUACCAACAACAUCCGUUGUUGCCUAAAGACCUUCAGCGAAAGGCCAUUAACUUCCAGGCUGCAAAUAUUGUUUGCUCAAGCAUACAGCCCCUUCUGAAUCUGGCAGUACUGAAUUAUAUAGAAGAAAGGGUUAGUCCAGAUGCAAAAAUUGAAUGGGCUAAAGUUCAUAUUGGGAAAGGUUUUGCAGCACUUGAAGAUCUACUGAAAAACUAUGCAGGAAGAUAUGCAAUUGGAGAUGAAGUUUCUUUUGCAGAUUUGUUCCUGGCGCCCCAGAUUGAUGCAUCUUUUACAAGGUUCAAUCUAGACAUGACCCAGCUCCCCCUUUUGUCCAGGUUGCAUGAGGCAUACAAUGAGAUACCAGCAUUCAUAGAUGCUAGGCCAGAUAAGCAGCCGGAUGCUACUUCUGGCUGAAGAUGCAGAAAAAUUGCCACCAACUAAGGUUUUCGUUGGAGCAUUUGGAAUGUUGCAACAUAGUAAUACUAACAUGUAUAAAUAAGGGUUGUCCAAUAAUGGAACAGCUUGAAACUGCAGUGCUGUAAUGUAUAUGUAAAAUGAUGUAAUUGUCUGGAUUGUACGUCAAAACUCUUCAGCGUCUCUUGUACACAUUGUGUACUUGGAUCAUACAGCUUCUAGCCUUCUAUGUCAAAUAAAGUAAUAAACCGUAUUUUAAAGAGAAGAACAUCUGAAUUUUCUUUACUGUUUCAGAUUUUCAUUAAUGCUUCUUCUGGUGUGUUCCACUUGUCUAGCAAAUUAGGUACCUAUAUUUGCUGAAUGUAUGCUGUGCAUGUGUGU